UCAUAAUCGUCGCUCCACCGCAAACACAACACUCCCCCCAUUCAUGGCGAUCUCUCCAUCUUCUCCAGCUCCUUACAAACCAGUUUGUCGAUUUUGGUCAAAGGGUUACUGUAAGUAUGGCAGUAACUGUCGGUUUCUGCAUCCCGAUAAACAAUCUCCAGUCGCCGCCAAGAAACUUGUUCCUCCGCCAGCAAGUACUUCUGUGUUUAAGAAAACAGCGCCGACAUCAGCCGACAUCAAGAAAAAAGUCGCCACAAUAACAGCCGCCAUUAAGAAUGAAACUCCGACGAAGGCGGAGACAACAAAAACGGUUGCGAUUAAGAAAGUGGCGCCGAUUAAAGAAGAAAGUCCGUCGAAGGCGGAGACAACAGGAACAACCGCAAUAGAAUCUUUCUCGGGGCCCUUCGGAAGCCUGGCUAAUCUUCAAGGUCACAAAAAGGAUGUCACCGGGAUUGUGCUUCCGACUGGCUCCGAUAAGCUCUUCACCUCCAGUAGCGACGGAACAAUGUGCAUCUGGAAUUGCAACACAGGGGAGUGUGUUGCUUCAGGCAAUCUGGGAGGGGAAAUUGGCUGCUUGAUCAGCGAAGGAACAUGGGUCUUCGCUGGCUUGAAGAAUCUAAUCAAGGCAUGGAAUGUUGCCAACAACAGCGGUGGAGAACCGAUUUGCCUGAAUCAUUGUCUGGGGCAAGUUUAUUCCAUGGAAGCCGAUGAAGAUUUACUAUAUGCAGGAACCCAAGAGGGUUCGAUCUUAGGGCACAGUGGUUACGUUACGUCUCUUCUUUGCUGGGACGUUGUUCUGUUCACAUCAUCUCUGGACAAAAUAGUGAAUGCAUGGGCGUACGAAGAUGGCGAACUGAAGGUUGUACAUUCCCAUCAGGAGGAAGAUGGCGUCGUUAAACUCAGUGGGUUGCAGAAGGAUGCAGAAACCGACCCUACUCUGUUCUGUUGUCUUAAGGACAACUCUGUUCGACUGUACGACAUUCCGUCUUUUGCUGAGAAAGGAAGGAUAUGUUCCAACAAAGAAGUGAAGGCAAUGAAAACAGGGCCCGGUGAUAUGUUCUUCACCGGCGAUGGGACAGGCAAGGUGGCUGUUUGGAACUUGUAUGAGGAGCCAAGCAAGGCGGUGGCGGCUUCUUGAUUUAAUUAAAAGAAAUUGUAGCUCCCAAUUUUGCAACAUUAACUGUUUCCAGUUGUAAUUACUACUAAAUACUUUGCCUCUACACUUGAUGUAAUCCUUCCGGAAUUAUAUGUUCAUGAUGAGGAAUUAUUCAGUUAUAUUUCUUGUUCCUGUUUUGCUCUUUGUAUUUCCUUUUUCAGUUAGCUUCAAUAUUACAAU